CGGCGCGGUAUCGCAGCAGCCUCAAUUGACGACGAAGACAACGACGACGCCCGACGACGAGAGCGACCGACCGACCGCCUGAAUUGGCCCCUUCCGCUCGCUCGAGCCGUACGCAGCAACCCUUCGCAAGUCAAAACACCCGAGCGACGCAAACCUCCUCCCACGCACACACGCCCGCCAUGGUCCACCGAAUCGCCUUCUGGAGCUGCUUCGGCCUCGCCGUGCGCUUCUGGCAAGUCGGCAUCGAGAUGCGCCCCUUCUUCAACCGCUCCAGCCUGUGGGCCUACCCCGCGUACGCGCUCGGCGGCGCCAGCUUCGGGUACUGGCUGCAGGGCGUCGACGACCGGCAGACGGAGACGCUGCGCGAGCGCAAGGCCCUGCUGCUCGAGAAGCGGGCGCGCAAGGCCGAGCGGGACAACACCGCCGCCGAGGCUUGAGGCUUGACGGGGGAGGGGGGCAAGUUUUUUUUUUGGUGAUGAGCGGAACGGGAGAGGGUUAGGCGGAGGCUGAAGGGUCAUGAGAUCCGAAUGGAUGGACGAAUGCGAGGAACCGGCCUCAUGGAAGGGGGAAGAAAGGCAUGACAGGGCAUGAAAGAUUAUCGGGGGAAGGAGAGAUGAACAGGCUUUUUGCUGCUUAUAGGGAUGGGUUGUACGAGAGAGCGCGUGGGGUGCUUGUACAUAUUGGGCACGGGAUAGAAAAGGCAUCACGGGUCCGUUUACAAAGUCUUUGGAAAAUGCCUUCUUUUGCUUUGAUACACAGUGCAGCCCGAUUUGAGCG